AUGGUAACCAUGUUCUGGGACGAAAAGGAGAAGGUGUCCAGCGCGAAUGCUAGCAAGCUGGGCACUUCAUCGGCUGCGCAGCACCUGCCACCUGUCACUCCCCUUCUCUCUGCCACUCCCCUUCUCUCUGCCACUCCCCUUCUCUCUGCCACUCCCCUUCUCUCUGCCACUCCCCUUCUCUCUGCCACUCCCCUUCUCUCUGCCACUCCCCUUCUCUCUGCCACUCCCCUUCUCUCUGCCACUCCCCUUCUCUCUGCCACUCCCCUUCUCUCUGCCACUCCCCUUCUCUCUGCCACUCCCCUUCUCCCUGCAACUCCCCUUCCCUCUGCCACUCCCCUUCUCUCUGCCACUCCCCUUCUCUCUGCCACUCCCCUUCUCCCUGCCACUCCCCUUCCCUCUGCCACUCCCCUUCUCUCUGCCACUCCCCUUCUCUCUGCCACUCCCCUUCUCUCUGCCACUCCCCUUCUCUCUGCCACUCCCCUUCUCUCUGCCACUCCCCUUCUCUCUGCCACUCCCCUUCUCUCUGCCACUCCCCUUCUCUCUGCCACUCCCCUUCUCUCUGCCACUCCCCUUCUCCCUGCAACUCCCCUUCCCUCUGCCACUCCCCUUCUCUCUGCCACUCCCCUUCUCUCUGCCACUCCCCUUCUCCCUGCCACUCCCCUUCUCCCUGCCACUCCCCUUCCCUCUGCCACUCCCCUUCUCUCUGCCAUAAACGUACUCUCAUCAUGGCUCUGCCAUGCUGCCAGGCCGUACGUGGCAGCGAUGAGUUGGGCGCCUCAUGACUUGUUGAAUGACAAGGUGGGGUGGAUACCGUGCCAGGUGCGCUUAAGCAGCAGCAACCUCCACUGCUGUGAGCUGCUCACAUGCAGGGAGGCACACCUGCAAGUACGAAAACGUCUCCCUCUCCUCAUCGUCCACCCCUGCAACCCCUUCUCACUGCCCCUCACCUCGCUCCCUACUUUCCUCGUCCCUAUUCCCCCCCUCCCUAUUCCCCCCCUCCCUACUUUCCCCGUCCCUAUUCCCCCCCUCCCUAUUCCCCCCCUCCAUACUCUCCCCGUCCCUAUUCUCUUCUCCCCGUCCCUACACUCCCUCGUCCCUACUCUCCCGGUCCCUACUCUCUCCGUCCCUACUCUCCCCGUCCCUACUCUCCCCGUCCCUACUCUCCCCGUCCCUACUCUCCCCGUCCCUACCCUUCCCGUCCCUACUCUCCCCGUCCCUACUCUCCCCGUUCCUACUCUCACCGUACCUAUUCUCUUCUCCCCGUCCCUACUUCCCCCGUCCCUACUCUCCCCGUCCCCACUAUCCCCGUCCCUCCUAUCCCCGUCCCUAUUCUCUUCUCCCCGUCCGUACCCUCCCCGUCCCUACUCUCUCCGUCCCUACUCUCUCUGUCCCUAUUCUCUUCUCCCCGUCCCUACUCUCCCCGCCCCUAAUCUCUCCGUCCCAACUCUCCCCGUUCCUACUAUCCCCGUCCCUACUCUCUCCGUCCCUGCUCUCCCCGGCCCAAUUCUCCCCAUCCCUGCUCUCCCCGGCCCAAUUCUCCCCAUCCCUGCUCUCCCCGGCCCAAUUCUCCCCGUCCCUACGCUCUCGGUCCCUACUCUUCCCGUCCCUUCUCUCGUCGUGCAUACUUCCAUCUGGUGGCGCGCAUCUCACCCGCCUCGUCACACGCACACCUGCCGAUUCAGUUCCGCCCACGCGGCUGCAGGCGAGCCUGGCGGAAGGGCGGUGGGCGCACGCCAGGCGAGGCGCGCAGCACCGACAUGCACCGCGUGA